GGAGUUUCGGGUUUGGCACAACACGGCCGAACUGUUUGGUAGCGAAUAGUUUCACUGAUAAGGCUUUCCGGCCGACGACGUGUUCCAUGCUGUGAGUGAAAAAGGCUUCCGUCGACGCUAGCAGAUCGUAUCGAAAACAUGCCGGAAGCACUGGUUUUGCUCUGUGCCCUAUCGGUCCUCGUCCUCCCGAUCCACGGUGGCCCAGAAGAGAACGAGGGCGUAAAGUAUGCGGAUCGUUGUGAAGCUUGCAAAAUACUUGCGACGGAACUGCAAGCACGGCUAACCGAAACCGGCCGGUCGCACGAUGUAAUCGAGUUGGGGUACUCGGUGGACGAUGUGAAGCCAAAAAAGCGCACCGAGUAUCGGCGUAGCGAGCUGCGCCUGCUGGACACACUGGAGAACGUUUGCGAACGAAUCCUUCAGUACAACAUCCACAAGGAGCGCAAGGAUAGUACGCGGUUCGCCAAAGGAAUGUCACAAACGUUUCAAACGCUGCACGGCCUGGUGGACAAGGGCGUGAAGGUGGAUCUGGGCAUUCCGUUCGAGCUGUGGGACAAACCGUCGGCCGAGAUCACGCAGAUGAAGACGCAAUGCGAAACGCUGGUCGAGGGCUACGAGGAUGUGAUCGAAAAGUGGUACUUCGAAAAGCAGGACGCAAAGCCCCUGAUCGAGUACCUGUGCGUGGACCAUGUGCUAAAGGAUGGCAAUGCGCAGUGUUUGAGCGAAAAACUAGAAACCGGUGCCAAAAAGAAGGGCAAGAAGGAAGAACUAUGAGCCGAUCCGGAUGGAUUCGUUGCAUCAGAUACAUGAGCACACUCCACCGUAACCGCAACGUGGCCGGCUGAUUCGACGAAGACUCAUCAAAAUGUAAUCAGUUCCGUUCGGUUCUUCCCACCGGUGCUGUUGGGCCAACUAAUUUUAAAACAAUUUAUUUGCGUUCGAGGCCACUGUUUCACCUCAAUUACCCAUUCGGCCCGUGGCCCCACGCCGACCGACUGUCACACGGCGCUAAGUAAUAAAAGAAAUAAAUUUGUUUUAAU